ACCGGCAAGUUCUCGGUGGACUCCAGAGGUGCAGGAGGACCGUGGGCUCCGGGGGACGUCAUCAACGUGGUCAGCGCUGACAUCGCCACCCCGGGCCCGGCUCCGGUGUCCAGGUCACCUCCAGCAUCCCCCGAUAUUUACGCAGCAGGAGGAGGAGGAGGAGGAGGCGCAGCGGACGCGGGGCACGGCACCAUGGCGCACGGCCAGCCGGACAUCAGCCACAUGUACGCGCACCCACAUCCACACCCACACCCACACCCCCACCCCCACCCGGCUCCUUCCUACUCCUGCAGCGCGGACAUGUACCAGGACCAGUCGGCAGGAGGUUACCUGGCGACGUCCACCUGCGCCGUCUCCUACCACCCGCCUCCGUCCUACAACACUGCGCCCAAACCGACAGCUGACGGCGCCGCGCUGCUCUCCAUCAUGCCUGAGUACGGAGGCUUCUACCAGCAGAGCUGCCAGAGAGACAUCCAGGCGGCUUUCCCGGAGAGGAAAUCCCUCCCGUACCCACUGGACUCCCUCAGGGUGCCUCCCCCUCUCACGCCUCUCAACACCAUCAGGAACUUUACGCUCGGUGCGCCCUCGCCGGCCUCCGAAGGUCCGAUGGCCGCCGCCUUCCCCGGCCACCAGAACCUCCCCCUCAGGCCCAUCUUGAGACCCAGGAAGUACCCGAACCGGCCGAGCAAGACACCCGUGCACCAGAGGCCCUACCCGUGCCCGGCGGAGAGCUGCGACCGGAGGUUCUCCCGGUCGGACGAGCUGAGCCGGCACCUGCGCAUCCACACGGGCCACAAACCCUUCCAGUGCCGCAUCUGCAUGAGGAACUUCAGCCGCAGCGACCACCUCACCACCCACAUCCGCACGCACACCGGGGAGAAGCCCUUCUCCUGCGACCAGUGCGGGAGGAAGUUCGCCCGGAGCGACGAGAGGAGGAGGCACAUGAAGAUCCACCUGCGGCAGAAGGAGAAGAAGUCCUCCACGUCCUAAUCCUGCACGGCGCGCGCACCACCCGAUGCUGCUGAAUGUAAACUCUCUCAGUAUGAACGUGAACUGUAUUUGGGC